AUGAUCCCUUUCGCUCUUCCUGUUACUACACUUGAAGUAGAAACGUGCCUGAAAAAUUCUUGCGCCUGUCGUGCCUUUGAUAACAUUUUGCAGAUUGGCUGUGGGAAUUCACAGCUAGCAGCGCAAAUGUACGAUAAUGGUUUUCGGGCAGUGCACAGCAUAGACACGGACUCGGCCGUGAUUGAUGAGCAGCGUUUACGGAACAAGCAUCGCCCUGAGCUUGUUUUUGAUGUGGAUGAUGCCACCUCUGUAUGUUUCUCUUUAAACAAGAAGCCUUUCUCUUGCCAUUCAAAUCUGUAG